AGCUGAUAACUGACCAGGAUGUGCACGUGGAUGCAGAGAAGGCGCGCUAUUGGUGCGAGCGAGCCGAAUACCUGUUUCCGCACGACCCAGUCGUGUACCGGCUCAAGGAGCGACUGCUGCUGACCAAUGGCUCCACCAACAGCAAUGCCAACUACUCCAAGGAGUUCGAGGAUCUCAUCAGCUCGGAACUGAAAUCGCGUCCGGUGGAUGUGAACGUCCACGUGCGCCAACUGAAGCUGUUUGUGGACACUGGGCGCACGCAGGCUGCCUAUGCGCAUGCGCAGCAAAUCGAGGCCAACAAACUCUUUGCGCACGAAAUUCUGUGGUACGACUAUCUCACCACGCUCUACAAGACGUAUUAUGACAAGAAUCUUCCUGAGGUGGCGGACGGGGAGUUCAUUCUGAACUGGACGAUGGUGAACGAGCGUUAUGUCAUGCUGUGUCUUGCCGAAAACCAAAAUUCGCCCCCCAAGAGUAUCACCGAGUGCGGAAAUGCUAUAUACAGGUUGGAUGAAGUGCUACACAAGGCCUAUGCCAUGCUCAACAACUCCAAGUCGUACGGACAACUGCCUCUGUCGGCCAAGCGAUGCGCCGAUUUCCUCGAACACAUGUCCGCGCAGCUUUGCCUGCAUCUGGCCACAUUCAUCUUCAAAAAGGCCAAAAAUGAGCAGGGCAACUGGAACGAGGCCACUCGCAACGCUGCGCCACUACUGUUGUUCGCGCUGGUGUUGGGUCGGGGGGCUGUCGAGGAUGGGGGGUCCGGCGAAGGGGUUGGGGGCACCCCCCUCAAACUAAUGGCCGACCGCCAGCCGCAGAAAGUCAGCCUGAUGCAGACCGCAGCCACCGCAGCUGCGGCAACGCACCGCAUCAGUCAGGCCGCUAAUGUGAUCAUCUGCCUCGCCAAGGAGAACAGGCAGCAGUAUGUCGAGAAGGUGGUGCAUUUCUGUUUCAAGAACUGGCGGGAGAAGCUGUUCCAGAAACUGUUUACGUUCGAAGAGACAAAGAACGGUCUGUCUUCGUCUCACUUCGUCAACCAUCAGAUGUUCAAUUCACCGCCUCGUUCUGAUUCGUCAAUCCUGCGCUACCUCGAUGACGUCAUCGUCCAAAUACCCAAACAAGUGUCAGCAACAGCCACCAUCCACCCAGGCAGUCUCCACCACCUGGUGUGGCUGGGCGUGCAGGGCAUGCGUCAUGCAAUGCAACAGGGCAUGCCACAGCGGGGAGGCAUGCCUCUUCCGCCGCACGACUUCCACACGCAUCAGCUGUUCGCGGCACUCGCCAUCUGCGAUACCUCAGUUGGCAACGACACUGUCACCAGGCUGGAUGUCGACUCGUUCCUUUAUGCGGCUGUAUUAUGUGCGAGUGCGCAGUUAUGCAACGAAAUCAAGAGUGGCUUCUACUCGUUGGAGAGACCGAUCACUCUGCCUGCCGAUAUCACUUGCCAGCUCUGCUCACCUGAACAGGCCAACUGGUGGAAUGCAGUGCACAAGAUCUAUUCAAAGCAGAUGACGUCUCGAACAAUAGUAGAUGCAAAGUGGGAUCUGCUGCGAGGCAUUGAGGUGAUCAGGGCUGUUGGCAACCAUGGUCUCGAUCCUAUACUGUUGGCUGCACUUGCUCAAACCUUCACCGAACGGGCGAUGAGCUUCUAUACGUCGUCGCUUAGUGACGGCAAUGACUACAUCUCUCCGAAACUGGACCCAUCCAGCGUGCAUGACAACGCCGAAGUGGGUGCACUCGAGUCGAGGGCCAACCUCUACUGGAAGGCCGCCCUGCCGCUGUUAGAGCGCAUGCGUGCAGGCAAGGCACUCAGCAACCCUGUGUCUCGGCUGUUCGACUAUCAACGGGAAGAGGUGGACUCGACUACACUUGCAACACUGAUCGAGGAAGGCAACCUGUUUGUGGCCCGUCAGCUGAUGGCCAAUGAGGAGUACGAGGAGGCUGUUGAAGCUUUCAAGUCGCUGCGCAGUCCCUAUGCUUCCUAUCACACGGCCGAAGUGUACCUGAAGCUAGCGUCUGAUGCGGCGACGGCAGACAGUGUGCUAUCACUGCACACGAGUGAAAGUGGCAACAUUGAUAAUCGUGCCAAGCAGACUGCGCUGCUGGAGAAGGCACGUGACGCGCUGUAUGUGACACGUGACAGGCUGCACACGGAUCUCCAACAUCCACUGCAUCGGGUGCUGGCUGAACGCAUCAGGGUGGUCGAAGCGCGCCUGGAUGACACUGAAGAGUUCCUGUCUCCAAGCGGUUCACCGUUGGGACCGGCCUUAGCCGAUCAGAGCCUGCGAAUCGGUCGCCAGGCAGAGAUGAACGGCAGCGCCAACAAGAGUCAGCGACAACUAAACUAUCUCAACACAAGCACACCUCGAUCCAGGACUACCAAUUCCCCACGACCGGCACCAGCAUCAGUAGUGCAACAAGCUCCAGCAGCGUUAGGACCGGAGUUUGAGAAUCUGCUGCAGGCGUCCGAGACCCGGCUGCAGGAUGCAUUCAAGUUGGCCAACACUGCUAUGUCCGAGCGACUCGAGUCCAUUGUCGAGACCAUCAUGUCCAAGCUCACUCGGCUCGAGGUGUCAGUGGACGAGAUCCGUCGCGACGUGGCCAAGAUGCAGCACCCGGAUGACUUGUACAUGUUGGGUGAUGAUGAGGACUACACCGAUGACAUCAUCUCGUUCCCCACCAGCUAUGUCACCCCUCCACCCACCGCCCCUGCCCCUGUGCCGGUGCAACCGCCCCCCACCACCCCCGCCGCAUACUAUGGAGUGCCGCCCCCUGCCACUAAUGCCUACUACGGAGCGACGACAACACCGUCGGCCGCCGGUUAUUACGGAGCAGUGUCCCAGAACGCAGUGCAGACGCCACGUGGAGUCCAGGGCACGAACACAGUGACCUAUGGUGCACCGGUUGCUCAGCCGCCGGUCAGUUAUAGUGCACCAGUUGUUCAACCGCCACCGGUAAGCUACGGUGCACCAGUUGUUCAGCCACCACCGGUCAGCUACGGUGCACCGGUCGCUCAGCCGCCACCGGCAGUUCAGCCACAGUACUACACGCCACCGCCGCAAUUCCAUCAUCAGCCGUCGCAGGCUGCCGUUGCUGCCGCUGCUUCUAUAGGAUAUUAUGGCCAAGGAGCACUCCCGUUCAGUGAAGGCCAGCAGUUGCCCGACUUUUUGCGUCCAGCGCCCGUUGUGACCAAGUCCCAGUCACCCAUCCCGGUCAAUGUGGUCAUCACAUCAUCGGACACUCUGCCCACAGGUCCCCCACCCGUGCUACCCACCCUCAGCGUCACCAUCCCACCCAAGCAUCGGCUGGGUGGAGUGGGCCCCACCCCCACUCACCCCCUCUCAUCGGUUGUCCUGGGCCAACCUCUGGUCGCUGCCCCUCAUGAGUUCCAGAUCACGAUGCCCGCCUCAGCCAACAUCCCCAGCAUCCACAAUCCGCCCCUCGCUCUCCAACAGGACGAGGAGGAGUUGGAGUCGCGUACCGCUUCACCCGAGGUCGAACACGAUCCCUACCCGGACUUCAAGCCGAUCAUCCCUCUGCCCGAUGAGGUCACCCCGACCACAGGCGAGGAGGACGAGCAUGUGCUGUUUGAAAACCGCGCCAAACUGUUCAGGUUUGUCGACAGAGAAUGGAAGGAGCGUGGGCUCGGCAUGUUGAAGCUACUCGAGGAUAAAUCCACCAAGAAAGUGCGACUCCUGAUGAGAAGGGAACAGGUGCACAAGAUCUGUGCCAACCAUUAUGUGACAAAGGACAUGACCUUGAACCCCAUGCCCAACACUGACAAAGCUUGGGCGUGGUCUGCCAACGACUUUGCCGAAGAGACGCUGCAGCGAGAGAGUUUCUGUGUGCGCUUCAAGACAGCGGACGAAGCCGCCAACUUCAAGGAUGCUUUUGAGGCCGCUCAGCAGAUGUUAUCGGAAUCGGCCAAUUGCAGCCAGGAUGCCGAGGGACUUCUGAGGACGCUGACUGUUUCGGAUGUUGCCUCAUCUGCGACGACAUCAACUCCGCAACCCUCCAAAAUCACGCUGGGUGGUUUCACGUUCACAUCGACACCAACCAUGAAGCCAACCGACGACAAAGGUGCCACCAAACAAGCAGCACCUGUGGCCAGUGCAGCCGCAACUACAGCACCAAACCCCUUCAACGCGUUCACGUUCACUCCUUCCCCCAAGGUUGCUACUACAACCACCACCACUCCUGGCCUAAACAUUCUGAAGACACCGAUCUUCUCAACCCCCACCGGUCCGCAACUGUUCCUUAACAAGUCCACACCGGAAGCAACACCAACUGAAGCAGCCGCCAAGGGCGACAUCUUGCUGAAAUCAGCUCUGAAGAGUAGUUCUGCAGUGGGAAAGAGCGCAGAGGAUGUGAAGAAGAGUGUGCAGAUUGUGGAGGAUGUGAAAAAGAGUGUGCAGAUUGUGGAGGAUGUGAAAGUCGCUGAGGCUGCCGCUCCAACGAAGGGCCAACUGCGUCGCCCGCACAAGUCUAUCGAGGAACUAGUGUCUUCGGAGUCGACUGUAACUCCUUCUUUCAUUGAGAAGUCGAGUGGUGCUGUCGAUUUUGCUGCGCUGGCGAAAUCGGCUGCUAGCAGUGCUAGUGGAGGUGGCGGUGGCUUUAAGAAGUCUGAUACAUUCAAAGGAUUUGAAGGUACUGGGAGUCUGGUGUUUGGUAAACCUGAAGCCACAGUGGCGGACGAAGACGGUGCUCCGACCGACGACUUUGUGCCGACGGCCGAGUUCAAGCCGGUGAUCCCGCUGCCGCAGCUGGUUAUGGUGCAGACUGGAGAGGAGGAGGAGAGGGUGCUAUACGAGCAACGUGCCAAGCUGCUGCGAUUCGACACGACGCUCAGAGAGUGGAAGGAACGCGGAGUCGGCAAAAUGAAGAUACUGCAUAAUCCCAACAACGGCACUGUCAGAUUUUUGAUGCGACGCGAGCAAGUAUUCAAGGUGUGCUGCAACCAUAGGAUAACAGCUGAUUUCAAAAUGAAGCUUUUAUUGAACUCAGAUAAAGCUUGGUCGUGGUUCGCUCAGGACUACUCGGAGGGGACAGCCACCGACGAACUGUUUGCACUGAGGUUCAAGACCGUGGAGCUGGCUGGCGACUUCAAGGCCGCAGUAGACGACGCCGUGGAAAUGCUGCGUGGAAAUACUAGUCUGGGAUUGUCGGAUGUCUCGUCGGAUACGGCCAACCUGUCGUCGUCGUGUGCCGAGGGAAGCAGCGACGAGGGGGCGUGGCCCGGUCCUGUCAAAAUCACCGAAAUUCGCACCACAACCACGCCCAUCACCAAAUCCACCAAACCGCAGCAGUCGUUGAGUGAAAUGUUCAAACCCAAAGCGGGAUCCUGGGAGUGUUCUGGCUGUUUGGUGAGGAACAACGCAGAUGUGAAGAAGUGUCCCGCUUGUGGUACAAUGAAAGAAGGUGAAGCAUCAUCUCCCAAACCUCAACAGUCUUUGAGUGAAAUGUUCAAACCCAAAGCGGGAUCCUGGGAAUGUGGUGGGUGUUUGGUAAGGAACAACGCAGAUGUCAAACAGUGUCCAGCUUGUAGCACAUGGCGAGAUGGCGUGGCUCCAGAAAGCUCUGCCACAUCAGUCACAUCAUCAUCUACCUCCUCAACACUCACUUUUGCUGAAAAUGUGUUCGGUACAUCCACUACACCUGGUACAGGGUUCACUUUCGGUAUUCCGCCCAGUAGCACACCAUCAACAGAAGCACCCAAGUUCCUCACCACAACUACCACCUCAACUACGAAUACAUCUUUCUCAUUUGGAAUUCCUCCUGCAUCUCAGACCUCCACGGCUUCCCCACCUAAAUUCUCAUUCGGAAACAUGUUCGCCUCCAACACACCUAGUGCACAAAGUGUUGUGUCUAACAUGUUUGGAGGGUUGGCUCAGAAGAAGGGAGAUGAAAGCAGUGUCCCCAUAACACCAGCAAAAACAUCAGUGUUUGGAGAUGUCUCAUCAAGUAAACCACAAGAACCCACCAGUAUUUUUGGAGGAGGUAGUGGCCAGACCACAAGCACACCCAAAUCGAAUGUGAAUUUCUCGUUCGCUGCGGCGACUGGGAAGACGUUUGUGUUCCAAGGACAAGGAGACAGCGACAAGAAGUUUGAGUUCAACUUCACAGGUGUGCACACGCCCAAGCAACCCAAGUCGCCCGGCGAGGCUGGCGAUACGGAUGGCGAGAGUGAUGGAGAAGGCCAUGAUGAGUCCAACGACAGCAUCGUGUUCCAUCCUGUCAUUCCUCUGCCCGACCAGGUGCCAGUCACAACCGGCGAAGAGGACGAAACCGCUCUCUACACGCACCGAGCAAAACUGUUCAGGUUUGUCGACGGCGAAUGGAAGGAGCGAGGACUCGGCGAUGUGAAGAUACUCAAACACAACAAAACCGGCAAGUUGAGACUGUUGAUGAGGAGGGAAAUGAUUCUGAAAGUCUGCCUCAACCAUUUCCUCACCGAUGAACUGAACUUCCAGCCCAAGGAUGACAAGACGUGGCUGUGGUGUGCUAUUGACUACUCUGAAGGCGAGGUCGCUCAGGAGAAGUUUGCACUCAGAUUCAAAACAGCUGAUAUUGCUGGUGAGUUCAAGGAUGCUCUGGAUAGGGCACUAGCUGAUCUCAAAGACAAUCCUGUCCAGGAUGCAUCCGCUGUUGAUGACUCAAAGCCAACAGAAACCAUGAACUCGUUCUCGUUCAGCUUACCCAACACACAACAAACAACUAGUCCACCACAACAAGCGAAAUCACCAUUCUCAUUUUCGUUUAAAGGCGGGAGUGGCAGUGCUACUCAGAAGUCAUCAUCGAUUUUUGGAGGUUCAACAGCAGCAGCAGCAGCAGCCACAGACAGUGAUGAUGAUGUGGAGGUGGUUUUUGAAACAACAGUGACCGCUGAGGAGAGGGAAGCAGCCCUCAAGCUGCAGUUGCCGCCAACUUUCUACGCCUACAAACAGGCGCCGCCGUGUCCCGGAUGCAUAGGAUGUGAUCCCGAGGACAGAAAGCAACCUGUUCAGACUCCUUCCAAAGAUUCUCCCAAAGCAACCGCUAAAGAAUCCUCCAACAAAUCCUCACCACUGGCUGCUCCGGUACUCAAUUUCGGGUUUGCCAAACCUGCCGAUUCACCACAGUCGAACGCUUUUGGUUUCGAUUCAUCAAAGUUUGGCUUCAGUAUGAAAAAAGCUGACCAAUCCUCCGAGCCUAGUACAACUCCGGUUUUCGGUGCAGGUACAGGCACACUUUUCGGCGAGACCUCCACUUCAGAACCAGCUGUCGUCUCGAAUACCCUCUUUGGAAAAACAUCAACGGCUUCUGAACCUAGUGCGACGCCGAUUUUCGGGUCAGGUGGUGGACUUUUUGGAAAAUCAACAACACCAAAUACAGCGACUCCAAGUAUUUUUGGGAAACCUUCAGAUUCUGAGAAACCUAGUGUGACUCCAAUUUUCGGUUCAGGUGCAGUGUUUGGGAAAAUAGCUGAUGCUACAUCUACCACUACUACAGAAGCUAGUGCAACCCCGAUUUUCGGCUCAGGAGCUAUGUUUAGCAAACCAGCAAGUGUCAAAACGACAUCGUCCACUUGGAACAUUGGCACCACUGCUACUGCCGGCAUGGGAAUGUUGUUUGGUGGUGGUGGCACCACUGUUACUACAGCAUCUAACAACAACCAGAAUGUGACCUCAACAACAACAACUGCACAAAGCAACAACAACAACGGUGGCCCUGGGUUCCUGUUCAAGGAUGCAGCUUCGUUCUCGAGUUUGGCGUCAACCACUGGUGGCGGUGGCUUCAAAACUGCGCCCGAGAACUUCAAGUGGGACUCGACGCAGCCGGUGUUUGGCGGCUUGAAGAGCAAGUCGCCCAAGGCCACCAAACCAAAGGAGAAGGCAGAUGCUGAUGAUAAUGAGGAGGAGGAGGAAGGAGAAGACGGUGAAGUCCAAAAUGAGUUAUUUUUUAUAGAAUUACUAUUAAUUUAAUUGUAUG